CCUAUUAUUGUUUUACCCUUCGGACGUCUCUUGAUUUCCCUUCUCUCUCAUAGGGUUACAGCGUUUUUCUCAGAUCCGCCCGAAAUCUCGACGAUGUCUACCACGAAGAAGAUCAACCUGAAGAGUUCCGACGGCGAGGCUUUUGAAGUCGAUGAACUGGUGGCGCUCGAGUCUCAGACGAUCAAGCACAUGAUCGAGGAUGACUGUGCUGACUCUGUCAUCCCUCUCCCCAACGUGAAUAGCAAGAUUCUGGCUAAGGUCAUCGAGUACUGCAAGCGCCACGUUGAAGCUGGCAAGUCCGAAGAUAAGCUCACCGACGAGGAUCUCAAGACCUGGGAUGCUGAUUUCGUCAAAGUUGAUCAGGGGACCCUCUUCGAUCUCAUCCUGGCUGCCAAUUACCUCAACAUAAAGAGCUUGCUGGACCUCACCUGUCAAACUGUUGCUGAUAUGAUCAAGGGCAAGACACCAGAAGAGAUCCGCAAAACCUUCAACAUCAAGAAUGACUUCACACCAGAGGAGGAAGAGGAGGUCAGGAGGGAGAAUGCCUGGGCAUUUGAGUGAAUGGAAGAUAUGAAGUCCCUCAUCUUUUGACGCUUGAGUGAUGCUAUGUUGCCUAAUAUCCCCUAGUACAUGCUUCAAAAAACAAAUCUCUUUAUGGCUUAGUAGUAGUAGUAAAUAUGUCUAUCUGGUACUCUAUUUCGUUUCUGAACUUGUCAUUCUGCUCUUCUCUCUAAGAAGCCGAAGUGCGGUUAUCAACCUAUCCUUUUACUCGUGUUAUGACUUCUUGUUUCUCAAUGAUAUUGUUUUACUGCCAGCUUCAACUAUUUUCUCCAUUAUUUUUCCAUUGCACCAAACAUCAUAUAAUCAUAUUAGGUGUUCAUGA